AUGCUAAACCAAGACCUCUUGUUUUCUGCAUCGACGGUCCAUCUAGAGCAUAUAACGACCGCCUUAAAUUGUUUGAUUCCCUUUGGAAUCAAAGAAGACGUUUUGAUUAUAAUCGACAAAGAUGGUCUAUCGUUUGCAAGGGCCAACAAUCGUGUGAUAAGUAUCCAAUUGUUUUUAUCCAAGGAACUAUUCAUUGCUUAUAAUUAUAAUGGGCCUAGUGGAGAUCCAGACUCUCACACUAAGGUUUGCGUCAAGAUAAACCACAUUUUGGAUAGUAUAAGUGUUGCAAAUCGGGACAAAGAUGAUGUAGUGGAAUGCACUCUUUCGUACAACGGUGAGGGAUCUCCUCUCAUUUUGAUAUUCGAAGAUUCCAUGAUCAGUGAGCGAGUAGAAUAUUCCACGUAUCUGUUGAAAGACCUCGAAAUGGCCGAUCUUGAACCCGAUCGAGAUCGUCUGAUGUUUGAAUGUAUCAUAAGAGGUGAUGUUUUAUACAAUGCAUUGCAAGACCUCAAGGAAAUUGGUUGCAAAGAGUGCUACAUUUACGCAAUUACCAAAACUGAUGGCAGAAACAUAUUUGCGUUGAUCUCAAAGAGUCAACUCGGACUAUCUAAAGUCGUUUUGCCUGGGGAACGAACAAUUUUAGAAAAGUUAGAGGUAUACUCUGGCGAAGCAUCGAUAAAAGUCGACAACUGUCCCGUAAUUGGUUAUUUUGACUUUUCCACUUUUGAUAAGAUGCGUAUGAGCGCUAAAAUCGCCAGUAAGAUUUUACUCAGAAAAGACAUUCACGGCCUUUUAAAUGUUAACAUUCUGAGUCAAACGGACAACGUUAUAUUAGUGGACUCUAAAAUAACGUCAAAAAUGCAAAACACCAGUGAUAUCAGAAACGCUCAACUGCCGAAAGACUAUCCAGGAAUAGUCAUCGAUAUAUCUAUUUUAGAAAAGGUACAUCUAGAGGAAUUUGAUGUACAAGAAAUCAAUUUACUGAUGGAAAGCCCAGAGGAGGCCCAAACAAAGGCAAUAUAUCAACCCAGUCGCCCUAAUGACGAUGGUAAAGUUUCUACAAAGGAUUUAGAUGGCAACUAUGAUAACAAUUUCUUGGGACUCACCAAAAAAAGACGCAUUGAAGAUGUUGAACAUGAAAGCGACGAUGAGAACUACCAACCUGUUACGAAAGACAUGCCAUUGUUUUUCUGA